AUGUCCGGACACCAUGCAUCAAGAAAUGAGACUCGGAUUACGGAAGACACGAUUCGAGAGGAGGAUCAGGCAUUGACCGAGCAGAAUCCAACGCACAAUUCCAAUGUCGCAGCGAGUCAAUCUACAAAUAACCAGCCUGCACGAGAAAAUGUCGCUCAUCGUCGAUCUUCCUUGUCACCGUCCCGAAUAUCGUCGGAUCUCGGCCGAAGACCAUCUCAGCAGCGAAAUGUUCGGUUUUCCACAGACCUCGAACGACCUAUUGUGGAGGAAUCCAGGAAUACCCGACCUGCCUCCAGAGGCCUGACAAUCGAUACGAGUAUCACGAACGCUCCUGUCUCCCCAGUGCGCUCGCCUGUCACAUCACCAGAGCGCGGGCCGACUUCACCACUAUCCCCCAAUAGCGCUCUUUCCCCAACGUCUCCGCAAAGCCCAGGUGUCGGUCGCUCACGAUCCCGUAAUCGCGGUUAUUCACUUCGGCGUACAAUCUUCGCGAAGAACAUCCAGACGCAAGAUGUAACAUCACCGGGGGCUUUUGAAUUGAGCCCAGGGGUUAGCCCACAGCCACUGCCGGAGACAUCGACAGUGAAUGGCCAGCCACAGGCAACAGGAGAUGAAAAACACUCGGACGUUGUGCGUCCAACGGUCACGUCGGAAUCUUCCCCCAAAGAUGACGGCUCAACGACGUAUUACUCUGGUCCUAAGGUCGGCAGGCACCUUUCCAUGAGUGUUUCAUAUGAGAGAUGGUUGAAGAGGAAAGCUGCUUGUACUAUUAUCAAGGUGCGACUAGAGAACGCGGUUGAAACUGUGCGCAAGGCCAUCCUUCAAAUCAAGGACAUUCCUCCCACCAAAGACGGCCGUCAUAUUGAUCUCGAUGUCACUCGCACUGAGGACUUGAUUGACGAAAGGACUGGUAAGCCAUACGUUGGAAACUGGAUCCGAUCCAGUCGUUAUAGCUUCUGGAGUUUCUUUCCCAGGCAAUUGUUCGCGCAGUUCACCAAAUUGGCCAACUUCUAUUUCUUGGUUGUGGCUAUCCUGCAGAUGAUCCCGGGUUUGAGUACCACAGGUACUUUUACAACACUGAUCCCUCUUUUGAUUUUCGUUGGUAUCUCAAUGGGCAAAGAAGGGUUUGACGAUUGGCGUCGUUAUUGCUUGGACAAGGAGGAGAAUAAUCGUCUCGCAUCGGUUCUUCGUCCUGGUGCCAGUCUUACCGUUGCUGCGGCCGCUGGUGCCAACGACGCCGUUUCUGUUUCAAGCGAUGCGCAGAAUUGGGCCCUUAUCAAGUGGCAGGACAUCAAAGUCGGAGAUGUGAUCAAACUCGAGCGUGACCAGCCUGUCCCAGCUGACAUUGUCUUGCUCCAUGCAAAUGGGCCCAACGGCGUAGCUUACAUUGAGACCAUGGCCCUGGAUGGCGAGACCAACCUCAAGAGCAAACAGCCUUGCCAGUCAGUGGCAAAAGUGUGUGGGACAGUGGAAGACAUCUGCAGCAACUCUAUUCACUUUGCUGUGGAGGACCCGAAUAUCGAUUUAUACAAAUUUGAUGGCAAUGUGAUUGUGAACGCGGAUAAGCUGCCCCUCACGAAUACUGAAGUUGUUUACCGCGGCAGUAUUCUUCGAAAUACCGAACGUGUCCUUGGUAUGGUCAUCUACACUGGUGAAGAGUGCAAGAUCCGAAUGAACGCCAACAAGAACCCUCGGAUCAAGUCGCCUUCCCUGCAGGCAAAGGUUAAUCGGGUCGUCAUGCUGAUUGUUUGCCUCGUCGUUAUCCUGGCGGUUGCUUGUACCGUUGCGUACAAAUAUUGGUCACAGGAUGUUGAGCGCCACGCUUGGUAUCUUGAAGAAGCCAAUGUUGACUACGGUCCCAUUUUUACUUCAUUUCUGAUCAUGUUCAAUACCAUGAUUCCCAUCUCGCUCUAUGUGAGCAUGGAGAUCGUCAAAGUUGUUCAGAUGUUCUUGUUGAACGACAUCGACAUGUAUGAUAAGGAAACCGACACGCCCCUCGAAGCUCGAACAUCGACGAUCAACGAGGAGCUGGGACAAGUCAGCUAUAUCUUUUCGGACAAGACUGGUACAUUAACGAACAACUCGAUGCGCUUCCGUAUGAUGAGCGUGGCGGGGACCGCCUGGUUUCACGACUUCGAUCUGCGUGAGGAAGCUGCGAGAGAAGGUGACCGAGUCAAGUUGAUCCACAAGAAACGGAGUGUCAAAGGCAAGAAGGCUAUGGGUCGUAAGUCCAACGCUUCAGAUACUCGAGAAGUGUUAAGACCCUCGAAUGUGUCGAACGUUCUAGAUAUGGGUCCUCGAAAGAUCGCAGCAUCCAUGGCCGAUCGCCGUACCACCGAUAUGUUGAAAUACAUCCAACUCAAGCCCUACACUGUGUUCGCGCGGAAAGCCAAGCUGUUCCUACUAGCAAUAGCGUUGUGCCACACAUGCAUACCGGAGAAGAACGAGUCUGGAAGUGUUUCAUUCCAGGCAGCAUCCCCUGAUGAACUAGCUCUGGUGAUGGCUGCGCAGGACCUUGGCUAUCUCGUCAUUGAUCGCCAACCAAACACCCUGACUAUUCGAACUUACCCCAAUGGUCCAGAAGAAGAGCACCAAGAUGAGGUCUAUGAAAUUUUGGAUGUGAUCGAGUUCACAAGCACUCGGAAACGCAUGUCUGUUGUGGUUCGAAUGCCGGACCACCGCAUCUGUCUCUUCUGCAAGGGUGCUGAUAGCACGUUGAUGCGGUUGCUCAAACGUUCCUCCCUUGCUCACGAAAAGGCACAUCUAAAUGAUUUUGCUACGGAGGGCUUACGGACGCUCAUGUAUGGCCAUCGUUUCCUAGACGAUUCCACGUAUCACGAGUGGAAGGCGGCCUAUCACGAAGCUAGCACCAGUCUCAUUGACCGUCAGGGAAAGAUCGAGAAGGUUGGUGCUCAAAUUGAAGAACAGCUCGAACUGACUGGCGCUACCGCGAUUGAGGAUAAAUUGCAAAAGGGAGUCCCCGAGGCCAUUGACAAAUUGAGACGCGCCAAUAUCAAGUUGUGGAUGCUCACGGGCGACAAACGUGAAACUGCCAUUAACGUCGGCCAUUCUUGCCGUCUGGUUAAAGACUACUCUACUCUUGUUAUUCUCGACCAUGAAACUGGAGAUGUUGAACGCUCAAUCUUGAAGAUGACUGCGGAUAUCAGUCGAGGUUCUGUGGCUCACUCUGUCGUCGUCAUUGAUGGACAGACUCUAUCGAUCAUCGAAUCCGACGAGACUCUCCGGGCUCAAUUCUUCAAGCUGGCCAUCCUAGUUGAUUCUGUCAUCUGCUGCCGUGCAAGUCCAAAACAAAAGGCAUUCCUUGUCAAAUCCAUACGGCUUCAAGUCAAGGAUUCUGUUACCCUUGCUAUUGGAGAUGGAGCCAACGAUAUUGCCAUGAUCCAGGAGGCUCAUGUUGGAAUUGGGAUCACUGGCAAGGAAGGCCUACAGGCAGCUCGGAUCUCCGAUUACUCGAUUGCCCAGUUCAGAUUCUUGCUGAAGCUACUACUUGUUCACGGGCGGUGGAAUUACAUCCGAGCCUGCAAAUACACGCUUGGUACGUUCUGGAAGGAGAUGCUCUUUUACUUGACCCAGGCACUAUAUCAGCGCUGGAACGGCUACACUGGAACCAGCUUGUACGAGCCAUGGAGUUUGAGUAUGUUUAACACUCUGUUCACAUCUCUCGCUGUCAUCUUUCUUGGUAUUUUCACCAAAGACUUGUCUGCCUCUACGCUGCUGGCUGUCCCGGAGUUAUACACCAAAGGUCAGCGACAUGGCGGGUUCAACAUCAGGAUCUACCUUGGAUGGACGUUCAUGGCCACCUGCGAAGCUAUGAUUGUGUUUUUCGUCAUGUAUGGGCUUUUCGGAAACGUCCUCUUUACAAACACCGGAAGCGACAUCUUCUCGGCCGGGCUUGUCACCUACUCGGCUUGCGUCAUCAUCAUCAACACAAAACUACAGGCCUUGGAGGUGCAUAAUAAGACCUAUCUUUCUUUGAUCGUCAUUGUGAUUUCAGUUGGAGGAUGGUUCUUGUGGAACCUGAUUCUCUCCCGCCGGUAUCAGAUCGAAUCUGGUGAUGGCAUUUAUCACGUGCCGUGCAACUUCAUCUUGCAGUCCGGCCGCGACCUGGCUUUCUGGGCAGUUCUCUUCGUUACGGUUGUCGCUGUUGUUGUCUUCGAGGUGUCUGUCAGCGCGAUCAGAGCGAACCUCUUCCCCACAGACGUGGACAUCUUCCAGGAGUACGAGCAGGACUUGGAUAUCCGGAAGAGAUUCGAAGAGGCAGCCGCGUCCGAAUUACAGCAAGGCUGGGAUCGCGGCAAGAAGAAGUCGAGCUUCGAGCUGGCUCGAGAGGCGGCGGAAAUGGAAGCGCGUGAGAAACAGGUCCAAGAGCUUCUGGCGCGGCCCAGAGUCAUGACCAAGACUGGCUCUGGCCAGAUUGAAAUGCAAGAAAUCGAUCUGAGCGAGCUAAACGGUUCCAGCAGGGAUGUCUCUGGACAAGUGACGGAAGAUGAGGGAACCAGCACCCCACGCCGAUCGGUAGAGAUUCACGAGUUGUUUUCCAAAGGGUUUGGAACCAUUCGAAAAGGCCAGCUGAAAUGA